AUGCAUAGGUUGUUCUGUGCAUGCAUGCAUCCGGCUCUUGGUUCAUCAUCGGGGGGGCAGCAGCAGCAGCAGCCCGAUAAUAAAGAGGAUCUGUUGCAACUCUUUAACAGCCUGCAUGCAGCAGUUAGGGCUUCUUCCUCCCUUAUACGCACAUACCCUGCCUCCACAACAGAGGCUAUAUUUGCUGCUUCAUAUGCUAAACCCACUUCUGCCUUACACAAGGGUUUGUUAGAACUAGCAUCAACAGGGGCCCUCAGCAGCAUCUUUGGGGGGCCCAUUACAGCUGAGAAGACUCUUGAAGCUAUUCUAGAGGCAACAACUGACGACGUUUUGGCGCCACCCACCGGGGCUGCUCCUUACUUUGGCGCCUCCUUGGGGGUCCCUUUUGGGACCCCUUGGGGGUCCCCAUGGGUGGCUCCUUGGGGGUUCUCUGGAAAGGCCUCUGGGGGUGCCCCUGGGGGGCCCCUUGGGGGAUCCCUCGAUGGGGUUCUUGGGGGAUCACUUGGGGCGCCCUUUGGGGGCCCCCUUGCGGGGCCUUAUGGGAUGACCUAUGUGGGGCCCUAUGGGCUGCCCUUUGGGAUGCCUUUUGGGGGCUCCUUCGAUGGGGUUCCAGGGGGCCCCUUUGGGGGGACCCUUGGGGGAUUCUUCGAAGAGAGGACCUCCAUGGGAGAAGUAAUACAGCCGCAGACAUAUUUGGCAUAUGAUGCUCAGGGUAGAACAACAGGGUUUCUUGCUGCUCAUGUAGAUGGGGAUAAAGCUCACUUAGAUUUUAUAGGUGCAGAUCAAGGACCUAAUGCUCAUCGCAUAGAGGAAGAGCUGCUGAUGGCGUGGCUGCGGGACCUGCAAGGAAGGGGUGUAGGGGAAGCAACAACAACAACAGCAGCAACAGCAGCAACAAAGGUGCAGCAGCUGCUGCGCCUAGGCUUUGAGCCUUUCUUGGAGGAAGAAAACAAGGUAGAAGGACACGAAACCUUACAAGAACCAAUCAAGGAGGAGGGGGGGCCCUCUGCAGAAGCUACAUUGCAGGAGGAGGGGAAGGAGAAGGAGGAGGAGAAGAAGAAAGUGGAGGAGGAGGAAGACCCCUUGGGGGGCCCCCUUAAGAUUUCGUGGAGAUUGCCCGUUUCGUAUGACAACGGAGCCAACAGCUAUGUGUUAGAGCGGCAAUCUGAACUCCGGGAUAUCCUCAUUCCUAAGGCUAAAGCAGAAUUGGCUGCAAAGGGAGUGAAGACUGCAGCGCCUCCAUUGGAAGUAGUGUCUGCUGCUGAGGCUGAUGGGGCUCUGCUCCAGCAGGUUGUAGAUUUAUGUGGUCAACAAGACGAAGCAUGCAAGCGUCUCUUGUCUUCUCAACAAGAUGACAAAAGAGAGCAUGUCUUUAUUGCUUCUCUGCUAGCAACUGCGAUUCGUCGUCAGGCUUGGGCAUCUGCUGCAAAGUCCGUUUCUCUUUUUAUUCCUUUUGAUUCGAUUUCCUCAUGGACAGCAUUUGCUGCUGCAGGGUUUAAAAUACAAGGAACAGCAUCCGAUGCUUAUAAGUUUGCUGCAGCAGCUAAUGAGAACCUACCUGACUCUUUUGCAGAUUUUACAGCUAUGAAAAAGCUAGAGUACGAGUUGGGGUGUAUUAAGGGAGCAGCUGCCGAUAAGGAGAAGGGGCACUUAUUGCCUUUAUCUACUUCUUCUUCUUCUGCCCUCCGCGACAGCACGUUUUUAAGUUGUGUGCCGCCAUCUGCUGCUGAUCGAAGAGCAGCAGCAGCAACUUCAGCUGCUGCAGGUACUCCGGAGCUGCCGCCACAGCAGACGGGCUCACAGUUUCAGCAGCACCGGCCGCAGACGUUACAGCAGCAGCAGCAGGAGCAAUUGCCUCCCUUUUUGUCUUUAACCUUCCCUAUGUUUAACAAAGGCAGCGGUGCUGCUGCUGUUCUCUUAGGUUUACUGGUGGGGUUGGUAAUACUACGACGUCCGCGGAGCGAGCUGCAACAUCAGCAGCAGCAUUUGCGCCAUGCACAUGGAUCGUUGUCACCAGGCGCUGCUGCUUCUGCUGCUGCUGCAGCAAGAGGAGCAGCAGCAUGGGAUUGGCAGCUUCCUCCUCCUCCUGCAGAAGAAGAAAAGUCAAUGGAGUUAGAGGAGUUUUAUAUAUCUACGCAUGACUCUAUAAGUGCAUCACAACAAAUACAAAACACUCAAGGAUUAAACCCUUAA